CUGCGGGCACAAAUUAUAGGAGGUGCAGACACACCAUAUGAGAAAGGAGUAUUCAACCUGGAAAUUAUUGUACCUGAAAGGUAUCCCUUUGAGCCCCCCAAGAUUCGCUUCCUGACCCCCAUCUACCACCCCAACAUCGACUCUGCUGGCAGGAUUUGCCUGGAUGUUCUUAAAUUACCCCCAAAGGGUGCCUGGAGGCCUUCCCUGAACAUCUCCACCCUGCUGACCUCCAUCCAGCUGCUGAUGGCAGAGCCCAACCCUGAUGACCCUCUCAUGGCAGACAUUUCCUCAGAGUACAAGUACAACAAGCAGCUGUUCCUGCUCAAUGCCAAGGAGUGGACAGAGAAACACGCAGUGCAGAGGGCUUGCAAUUCCUUGGAAGAGAAAACCAACCAGAGUGAAACAAGCACCAGCACCAGUGACUCCACUGUGCAGAAGAGAAAAGGGAGGGGUAAGGAGUAUCCCAAAGGAUUCCCAGAGCUCUGGGGAGAGGAUGGAUGUGGAGGAGAGUGA